AUGUGUUUCCAUGUCCAUGUGCAGGGAGCCGCGCGACCGGCGGGCCGACGCCUGCGCAAUCUCGGCGCGCCGUGCGCCCAGUCCCCGGACCACGUCGAGUACCCGGCGGUGUACCGGGCGGAGGAGUACGCGCUCGAGACCUUCGACAGCGAUGACUACAGGCACGCCCCCCUCUACGACCCGGACGACUACGACACCCAGCUGUGCCCCCUGGUGCCGCCAAGGAGCCCGCCUGCACGGACGGCACUGCCGCGGGCCCUGGCCGCACAGGCCUGGGGCCGGUGGAGGGCGGCUGCGGCACGGCCGCGGGGCGCCUCCCGUCCCGAGGCUGCCCAGGGUGACAGGAAUAAUCUCUGGGAGGCGUCGCCGUCGCCCUCGCCCAGCCACUUCCCCGACGCAAAGCAGCCAGCGCCGCCCCGCCUGCGGGUGCCCACUCCCGGCUCCCUCCUGCGCCUCCUUCAGCGCUUGAACAUCGCGCUGAGCGCCACGCUGGGCGCGCUGGGGGUGCUGCUGCAGGAGGGCGCCGCGCGGGCCGGCGAGGCCCUGCGCGCCGUCCGCGCUGCGGCGCUGCGCCGCUAUGCUGGCAGCCGCGUGCAGCUGGCGCUGCAGUCCUGGCGCGAGAGCUGGGCGGAGGCCGCGCAGGAGGUGCCGGAGGACGUGUGGGGCAAGGCAGUGUGGGCCUGGGAGCGGCCCUGGCUGCGCAAGCUGCGCCUGACGGUGGGCAUGGCCAACCUGAGCUACCGCCUGCCGGCGUUGCUGGCGCUGGUGGCCACGCAGGUCACGCUGCUGGCCAGCCAGGUGUCGCUACCCAUGCUGGCGCCGCUGCUGCUGGGCACGGGCAUGCUCCUGCGCUCCCUCCGCGCCAACGCCAGCUUCAUCUUCCCCCGCAUCGGCCUCAUGGUGGUCCUGCUCUGGGCCCUCUGGUUCUUCCAGGGCGUGGUCCAGAACACCGUGGCCUACCUUCGCAAACAGGGCGCGCUGGACCAGCGACUGGCGGGCGGCAUCAUCACCACCAGCGAGAUCAGCGGCCUGCUGGCGGCGGUGGUCAUCCUGCUGAGCAUGCUGGGCAUCAACGUGUCGGCCCUGCUCCUCCCCGCCGGCGUCGCGCUGGCGGUGGCGGCCCAGGACCUCACCCGCAACUUCCUGGCCGGUUUCUUCCUCUUCGUGGUGCAGCCCUUCCGCCUGGGGGACAAGGUGGCGGUCGGCGUGGCGGGUGGGGGGCCACCGGGGGCCACCGGUCCUGCAGGGCCCUGGUUCGAGGGCGUGUGCGAGAAGGUGGACCUGCGCUACACCUGCAUCCGCUCGGGGCGGCGCCGCCUCAUGGUGCCCAACUCCAUCUUCAUGGCGCGAGAGUUCUUCGUGAUGGACGACGUGCCCGCUGCCGGAGGUGCCGCGGACAACCCAGGCAUGCGCGGCCCCGGCGCACCCGGAUACGCGGGGCCGCAGCAGCCCCUGCCAGGGCUGGACCCGCACUAUGCGGGCCACGUAUGGCAGCUGGUCCAGGGCCCGCCCGUGCACGCUGAGGUGGCGGCCGCGGCGGCUGCAGAGGGCAGCGUGGAGGGGGCGGCGGUGGACGGCGAGGAGGGGGGCCCAGGCGCUGAAGCCUCGCCCGCCCGGCCGACUACGAGGGGCCUGCGGCCCCGGGGGCCAAGCCAGCCGCCGGCCUACACGACCUACCCCUUUGCCCCGGGGGUGCCGCCGUGGGGGCCCUACGGGCCUUAUCCCCCGCCCUACACGGGAACGCACUGA